UUUGUCGAGAGCUUUUAACUGUGUGCUGAAACUGGGGACACAGCAGACAUGAAUAAGCGGAAGAUAAACCUGUCGGAGUUUUGGAGUAGGAACCGUGCUCCUCAACCAAUCAGAGCUAAGAAGAAGCUAAAACUAUGGCCUCGUCAACUGGAACAAUUGAGAGACCCCGAAGUGGUGGCAGCCCUCCUUCAGCAGAAUGUCAAGAUGGCAUGCCUACUCCCUCACAGUGGCAUCGAUGCGUUCCGCCCCUUCACUUUGGAGUCGCUCGCCGAGAUCGAGCGGCGGAUGGCAGAAGAAGCCGCCGAGCAGGAACACAUGAAGGCCCAGAAUAUCGAGGUGGCUGAAGAAGAUCUGCCCAAACCCAGCAGUGAUUUGGAAGCAGGAAAGUCCCUACCGUUCAUCUACGGAGACCCUCCACCAAAGCUCCUCAAUGUUCCUAUUGAAGAGUUGGAUCCAUUCUACAAAGCACAAAAAACUUUCAUCGUGAUCACCAAAGGGAAAACAAUAUUCAGAUUCAAUGCUGAACCUGCCUGCUACAUUCUAAGUCCCUUCAACCCUAUUCGACAACUAGCCAUAAAAAUACUCAUACAUUCAUUGUUCAGCUUGUUCAUCAUGUUAACCAUCUUGUCAAACUGUGCUUUCAUGACAAUGAGUGACCCUCCAUCCUGGAGCAAAACAGUAGAGUACGUUUUCACUGGCAUCUAUACCUUUGAGGCAUUGAUAAAGGUGCUGUCCAGAGGCUUCUGCAAGGGUAAUUUCACAUUCCUACGAGACCCGUGGAAUUGGCUGGAUUUCAUGGUCAUCAGCAUGGCGUACGUCACAGAGUUUGUAGACUUGGGGAAUGUAUCCGCUCUGAGGACUUUCCGUGUUCUCCGCGCCCUGAAAACAAUUACUGUAAUUCCAGGUCUAAAAACCAUUGUUGGCGCCCUGAUUCAGUCGGUGAAGAAACUGGCGGAUGUCAUGAUCCUCACCGUCUUCUGUCUCAGCGUGUUUGCUCUCAUUGGCCUGCAACUCUUCAUGGGAAAUUUGCGGCAAAAAUGUGUCAAAUGGCCUCCACUUGUCUGGAGCUACAGUGACAACCUGACCAUGCCCUUCAAUCACACAGACGUCAAUGGCACUGAAGCUGGCUUUUUCAACUACACGGAAUAUAUUGAACAACCAGAAAACCACUACUAUGUACCUGGCCAUAUGGAUCCUUUAAUCUGUGGGAACAGCUCUGAUGCAGGGAAGUGCCCUGAUGGGUUCAUGUGCCUGAAAGCUGGCCGAAACCCAAAUUAUGGCUACACUAGUUAUGACAACUUUGCAUGGGCUUUCUUAUCCCUUUUCCGGCUAAUGACUCAAGACUUCUGGGAGAACUUGUUCCAGUUGACGCUCCGUGCAGCAGGGAAGACGUAUAUGAUCUUCUUUGUAGUCAUCAUCUUCUUGGGUUCGUUCUACCUCAUCAAUCUGAUUCUGGCUGUGGUGGCAAUGGCAUAUGCUGAACAGAAUGAAGCCACCUUUGCAGAAGCUAAAGAAAAGGAGGAAGAGUAUGCAAAAAUCCUGGAGCAGCUCAAGAAACAAGCUGAGCAGAAGAACGGGCUGGUAAAUGGCAGCAAGACAUCCCUAUCCAGCAAAAAUAAAGGUGAUGAUGACCAAAUUCAGAGCGACUAUGAUGGGAUCGCACUGAAACCCCUUUCGAAAUCGGAUGGAUCCAAAGGCAGCAUGAAUUACUUAGAAGUCCCUGACUCUCAGAUGAGAAAAUUGAGUGCAGCGAAUGCUACAGACAAUGCUUUAGAUGAGCUGGAAGAUAAUCAAAGGGCUUGUCCUCCCUGCUGGUACAAGUUUGCUGAUAUAUUCCUGAAAUGGAAUUGCUGCCUUCCAUGGGUGAAAUUUAAGAAGAUUGUCUACCUAUUUGUAAUGGACCCUUUUGUGGAUCUGGGCAUCACCAUCUGCAUUGUGCUCAACACAGUGUUCAUGGCUAUGGAGCACUAUCCCAUGACUGAGAGUUUUGAAAACACAUUGUCGGUGGGAAACCUGGUUUUCACAGGUAUCUUCGCAGCAGAGAUGGUGCUAAAACUUAUUGCACUGGACCCUUAUUAUUACUUUCAGGUUGGCUGGAACAUUUUUGACAGCAUAAUUGUGACCAUGAGCCUGGUGGAGUUGUUCUUAGCCGAUGUUGAGGGCUUGUCUGUGCUAAGGUCCUUCCGUCUGAUGCGUGUGUUCAAGCUGGCAAAGUCUUGGCCAACCCUUAACAUGCUGAUAAGGAUCAUCGGCGAUUCUGUGGGUGCUCUUGGAAACCUGACCCUUGUCCUGGCCAUUAUUGUCUUCAUCUUUGCUGUGGUGGGGAUGCAGCUUUUCGGAAAGAGCUACAGGGACUGUGUGUGUAAGAUCUCAGAGGAUUGUGUGCUCCCUCGCUGGCACAUGACAGAUUUCUUUCACUCAUUCCUCAUCAUCUUUCGUAUUCUAUGCGGGGAAUGGAUCGAAACAAUGUGGGACUGCAUGGAGGUGGCUGACCAAGGCAUGUGCAUCAUCGUCUUCAUGAUGGUCAUGGUUAUAGGAAACCUAGUGGUGUUGAAUCUCUUCCUGGCUCUGCUGCUCAGUUCCUUCAGUGGGGACAACCUGUCAGCAUCUGAUGAUGAUGGGGAGAUGAACAAUCUGCAGAUUGCCAUUUCUAGAAUAACAAGAGGGAUUGACUGGGUAAAGGCCUUCAUUAUCGGACAUACAAGACAGCUUCUGGGCCUGAUGCCAAAGGAAGAGGGUGCGGACGCAAACAAAGAGGGAGAUUCUACAAUGGCCACCAUGAAUUCCAGUAUGUCCGUUAUCAAAGUGCCUAUGGCCAAUGGUGAAUCGGAUGAUGAGGAUGGCAACAGCUCUUCUGAGGAUGAAGACAAAGAAGGCGUCGAUAAAAAGAAAUAUGGAGAUGAAUCAUCAACCUGCAGCACAGUGGACAAACCUCCUGAGGUAGAAGAGUUAGAGGUGGAGGAUGAAGAGGAUUCCACCUUCCCUGAGGACUGCUACACAGAGAACUGCAUCAGGCGAUGUCCUAUCUUGGAGCUUGACAUUACCCAGGGUAAAGGGAAGGCAUGGUGGAACUUACGUAAAGCCUGCUACGCCAUUGUGGAGCACAGCUAUUUUGAAACCUUCAUCAUCUUCAUGAUUCUCCUCAGCAGUGGAGCUUUGGCAUUUGAGGACAUAUACAUUGAACAACGGAGAAUGAUUAAAAUCAUCCUUGAAUAUGCAGAUCAGGUCUUCACCUAUGUGUUUGUCAUUGAGAUGCUUCUGAAAUGGAUAGCCUAUGGUUUCAAGGUCUAUUUCACAAACGCAUGGUGUUGGCUGGACUUUCUGAUCGUUGAUGUGUCCCUGAUCAGCUUAACUGCAAAUAUCUUAGGCUACUCUGAACUGGGGGCCAUUAAGUCUCUCAGGACUUUGAGAGCGCUAAGACCUCUCCGAGCUCUCUCCAGAUUUGAAGGAAUGAGGGUGGUGGUGAAUGCCCUGGUGGGGGCCAUCCCCUCCAUCUUCAACGUUCUCCUGGUGUGCCUAAUUUUUUGGCUCAUCUUCAGCAUCAUGGGCGUCAACCUUUUUGCUGGAAAGUUCUACUACUGCUACAACGAAACAUCCGAGACAGUUUUCCAUACCAGUGAGGUCAACAAUAAGACAGAUUGCUUUAGGCUCAUGGAAAAUGCAUCAGAUGUGCGAUGGAAGAAUUUGAAGGUCACCUUUGAUAACGUAGGCAUGGGCUACCUCUCCUUACUGCAAGUGGCAACAUUUAAAGGAUGGAUGGACAUCAUGUAUAGUGCUGUGGAUUCCCGUAACGUGGAGGAUCAGCCAGAAUAUGAGUCAAAUCUCUACAUGUACAUUUACUUUGUGAUCUUCAUCAUUUUUGGCUCUUUCUUCACCCUCAAUCUAUUCAUUGGUGUCAUCAUUGACAAUUUCAACCAACAAAAGGCAAAGUUAGGAGGAACAGACAUCUUCAUGACAGAAGAGCAGAAAAAAUACUAUAAUGCCAUGAAGAAACUUGGCUCCAAAAAGCCACAGAAACCAAUUCCAAGGCCUACGAACUGCUUCCAAGGCUUGGUAUUCGACCUGGUCACCAAGCAAUUCUUUGACAUCUUCAUUAUGGUGAUGAUCUGCCUGAACAUGGUGACCAUGAUGGUAGAGACGGAUGACCAGAGUGCGGAGAUGGAAAAUAUCCUGUUCUUGAUCAACUGUGUCUUCAUCGUGCUCUUCACUGGGGAGUGCAUUCUCAAGAUCAUCGCCCUGCGCUAUCACUACUUCUCCGUUGGGUGGAACAUUUUUGAUUUUGUGGUGGUCAUUCUUUCAAUCGCAGGUCUUUUGCUGGCAGACCUCAUCGAGAAGUACUUUGUGUCACCUACGCUGUUCCGAGUCAUCCGACUGGCCAGAAUCGGCCGCGUCCUGCGUCUCAUCCGGGGUGCGAAAGGAAUCAGGACGUUACUGUUUGCGCUGAUGAUGUCACUACCUGCCCUCUUCAACAUUGGCCUCCUUCUAUUCCUAAUCAUGUUCAUUUUCUCUAUAUUCGGCAUGUCUAACUUUGCGUACGUGAAAAAAGAAGGAGGCAUCGAUGACAUGUUUAAUUUCGAGACCUUCGGGAACAGCAUCAUAUGCUUGUUCAUGAUCACGACGUCCGCCGGCUGGGAUGGACUGUUGUCUCCUAUUCUCAACAGUCCACCAAACUGUGACCCAAAUGUGGAGAACCCAGGAUCGCCUAUCCAAGGAAACUGUGGGAGCCCUGCGGUGGGCAUCGUCUUCUUCUGCAGCUACAUUGUCAUGUCGUUCCUCGUCGUGGUCAACAUGUACAUAGCCAUUAUCCUGGAAAACUUCAACGUAGCGACGGAAGAAAGUGGCGACCCCUUGUGCGAGGACGACUUCGAGAUGUUCUAUGAAACCUGGGAGAAAUUUGACCCCUCUGCUUCUCAGUUCAUCGAUUACAGUAGACUGUCUGAAUUCUGCGACACGCUGAAAGACCCCUUGAGAAUCCCGAAACCAAACACAUUGAAGUUGAUCACAAUGGACCUUCCCAUGGUCCCUGGUGAUAAGAUCCACUGUCUGGACAUCCUCCUGGCCCUCACCACAGAGGUCCUGGGCGAUUCUGGACAGAUGGAUGCCAUGAAAGGAACUAUGGAGGAGAAGUUCAUGGCGAACAACCCCUCAAAGGUUUCGUACGAGCCCAUCACCAGCACUCUCAGACGUAAGCAAGAAGAAGUGUCCGCUGCGACCAUCCAAAAAGCCUACCGCUCACACAUCCUCAAACGCUGCCUCAAACAAGCCUCGUAUGUGUACAGAGAGAAGACAGACUCGAAGAGACUAGAAGAAGAGGCUCCGGAGAUCGAAGGGAUGAUCGCUAACAAGAUUAGGUAUCUUUAUGGAGAUCAAGCCAUUGAGGACACCAAUCGUCUGGGUUUCUCUUUCUCUCACCAUGGGGAAACACAGCACGGGGCUAAGCGUCCUCCGGUGAAGGUUCAGAGCGACGUAGUCUUGCACUCCGCGCCUUUUCCCGCUCCUGACUCCUCAAGGGCUGCGGAAAACCUGAAGGAGUCAAUUGUGUAGCAGGUUCAAGCCAUGGUGAACACUCAACCUUUGGAAAGCCCAACAAUACUGAGACCCUUCAGGAGACUGAGUUAUACUUUGGCACACAACAGCAAGUAUGAACUACGAGUUGUAAUCAGUAUUAUUGAUGCAAUCAAUGGCUCCUCUCAGUACUGCCCUUGAGAAGACCAUCAGCUGUUUGUCUAAUGGUAUUGGAAAUGAUUGGGCUCUUAGUGCAGACAUCAAUCAUUUUUGACGCACAGAACCUGAAAUUAAAACUUUU